GAAACCUGGCGGACGGCUGCUUGGGCGAUCCGAUGGUUCGAGCUGCAGAGACAUUUGAACCGGGCGCGGUCUCUUGCUCUGGCGGCGGCACGGAAGCACCACGCAGUCGACAAUGCCACCAGCGCUGUGAGCCAUCUGCUGGAAGCCGCUUUCUGGGUGGUGCGCUGGUUCGAGGUCUACCGGAAGGUACACAUUGCAAGACAGGCGGCGCUCUACGUGGCCCGCACGCAGCAUGCUGCUUCGAGAAAGCCAGGCGGAAUUGUGAGUAACUACCUGGUAACUGCAACUUGGGCGCUGAGAUGGUUCGAGCUGAAUCGCCAGCGUUACGACGUUUCUCGCUUCGUGGUUUUCGCCGGGCAGAUGGCCCACGUGGGCAACAGAGCUGUGGCCGUCAGUUGGGCUUUGCGUUGGUUUCAGUGGCAGAGCCAGCGGGGCCAGCGGAGACGAAGAGCGGACCAGCUGGCCCAGAAAUAUGCAGCCACUCUUGGAGAUGCUGGCCGCGCUUUAGCAGCCGGCUGGUUUCGCUCAUGGCGCCAUUGGAUGGAGAGGAAGCAGGCCGCUGAUGCGAUGGCGAAGAAGUAUGCUUGGAUGCUCAACACUUCAGUGCAGGCUGUGGCAAUGAGCUGGUUCGAGCACUUCAGGAUCAUCCAGACAGACAGGCGCAAUGCUGCGGGAGCCGACGCAGCAGCCGAUCGACGUCGGAAGCUUGCCAACUCUUUGUGCAAGCGAUCCGGGGGAGAUGCAUUGUUGGUCGCCCGGAGCUGGCACCGCAGCUGGAAUCUCGCCCGUUGGGCAGAGCGCUUCCAGCAGCGACUGGCCACCAUGCCAUCCGCCGCGGGGAGCUGGUGCAUGAUGAGUGUGGUCGUGCAGCACUGGCGGUUCCUAUGUGCCUCAUCUGGCAUGGCGGGAACGCGCGGGUCACGCAGGGCUCGAUGGCGGCGGCUGUUCCUAGCGGAUCAUGCCGAGGGUGACUCGUCUGCGAUUGCGGGCAUGAAGUCAAAACAAGCUGGCCUUGCUCGGGGACGUUGCACAUUCGAGAAAGUGAUUAGCCGCUUGAGGCUCGACGCGGCGGCUACAGAACUGGCUCUUCGUGUGUGGCAAGCUUGGAGCUACGAGACAGCCAAGACUCGAGCAUUCCGAGUCAUGGAGGAAGCGAUCGGAUUGCGUGAUGAUGGCCUCGAGCUUUGCGCACGCGUUGCUCGGCAGCGGGAGAUGAUGGGGCCGCCCUGGAUGCAGCCCUCCAAGCCGGAGAUCAAGCCUGGCACAAGCUCUCGCGCUGCACAGCACCUUGGCCGGGAGGUAGACCAAAUGCACAGCCGAGCGUGGCUCACGCAACAGCGCAGAGCAGUGGAGGAGGCCAAGAAGCGACCCGAGAUGAUGGCGGCAAGGUGCGCCACAUACCUAGAGGCAUGGAUACGGCAUGUGGCUUUGAGCCGCAUGGAGAAGUGCGAAAGCGACCUUGACCUCACAAGGGCAAAUUACAAGUUGGCACUGGAGGAACACACUGCGGCCUUGGAUGCAGCCGGAGUGAAGUACCAGGCAUCCUUGGAAAAGAAGAAGGCUGAAUUGAACGAGGUACAACAGAGAUACCUGACGGCGACUGCCAGCCGAAACGAAGCCGGGGAAGCCCUCGAGUCUCAGUUGAGCUUGGCGGAGGAGCAAAGCGUGAUGAUGGCAGAGGAGAAGUAUCAGCGGGAAGCGAUGAGGUAUGAGGCUUCGCUGGAGACCUUGGCCUUGCGGCAGCGUCUGACGGAGGACAGGCUGAGUGCAGAGGCUCAGGCUGCACAGGACAAUGAGGCCCUCGUGAUGCAGCGCCACACUGCAUCACUGAAAGCCAUGGAGCAGAAGCAUCAGCUCUCGCUGAAAACAGCUGAGCAGAAGAUCGCACGUGCUUUAGAGAAGCAUCGGCUGGAGCUGGAGAUGAAGUACAAAAACGAAGCCGAGAAGAGGCACCAAGCGGCCUUGGACGAAGUGUUCAUGACCAUCGAGCGGCAGAGGGCAGAGCUCGUCCGGACCCAAGUCGUACUACAAGGUCUCAUGUUGGGGGAAUGGCAUGAGGGGUGCCAGCGAAGCGUAAGCCGAGCCAUGCGAUGUCAAGUUGCCCACGUCACGCUGCAGCCACUCAGGAACGCUGAGAUCGAUGAUCUCCGCUCAUCGUCGCAGCAGCAGGAAGAGUUGCUUUCCCGGCAACACGGAGGACAUGUCGAGGAAGCGCGUCGUGCUGCUCACCUCGAAGCGCAGCAACAGUUCCAGAUGGCGCUUAUUCAGCGAGAGGUCAUGCAAGAAGCUUCGGAGAUGGAAUGCCGCCUCGCCUUGCAGACUGCAGCACAGCAACAAGAGCUUUCAACUCAAAGCCGGCAGGCUGCGCUCCGUUCAGUUGAGAACAAACAUCAGUUGGCAAUGCACUUGUCGGAGCAGAAGAUCCAACAGGCGCUCGAAAGGCACCGUGCAGACUUGGAGUCGAGGUAUCAUGAUGCUCUGAUGCGCAAAGAGCAAGAGAAUGCCAAGCUUGCCAGUCGGUGUUCCACAUUGGAGACCGAGCUGACAGCCUUUGAGAAGAAGGCUAAAACCACCCUGGAGACAUCUCUGGAGGUUUCCCAGCAGCACCACCAUGCAGCUUCCCAGUUGGCAGCAGAAAGACAUGCUUUAACCCUAGCAGAGCGGCAGCUGAAGGCUGAUGAGAGGUAUGAAGCUCAGAAAGCUGUGGAGGAGAAGCAACAGGCGCUGCUUCGUGAUGCAGAGGAGAAACUGCUAGAAGAGAAAGAAGCCUCGGUGCAGAAGCUGCAGGAAGCAGUAGCGAACUGCGAGAAGGACUUGCGAGAAAGUCAUGAAUCGACAUGCGAGAAAAUGGCCGAAGAUCACCAGAAUGAAGUCGUGCGGCUGGAGGCCGCCCUGGAAGCUGGCCAAAUCAAGUACCACCUUUCGAUUGAAAAGUACACAAAUGUGCUCGAAGCCACUCGGCAGAAGCACGACAAGGCCAUGGAGCUGUUGAGGAAGGAGCUGGCAUCUCGGCCUGAACUAUGCAAAGCUCGCCCGCACCUGCUCGCAUGCUGGGAACUCCUCUUUUGCCACCGUAUGCCCAACCAGUGUGACAAGGAAGAAAAGCACAUUACGUCUAUAUCGGACAUGGACCACCGGUACAGCCAUGCCAUGUUACAGUGCGAAGCUGUCGCUGAAUCGGCAGAAACCCGGCUGGAGCUUGUGGAGGAAAAGUUUACCAACGAAGUGGAGAGUUUGGAAGAGUUGAACGAGCUCCAGAUGACCAGCAUGAAGACGGAUUUGGAGGAGCGCCACGCCGCAGCUGUAUCUUCGGCCCAGCAGCAAAAGUCGUUGAUGGAAGCAGAGCAGACUUGGAUGAGGGAGAAGCAAGAACUCAGUGAAGAAGCCUCCGAGCGGCGGGAGCAGAAUUCUGUGCAGAGGCUUACGAAGGAGCUAGAAGCCGCGAAGCUGAAGUAUCAGCUUGCCUUAGAAAGACACGAAGGGGAGCUUGCAGAUCUGAAGUUCCAACAUGAGACGGUCUUGAAGAGUCGAGAAACUGCUUUGGAGGCGCUGGUAGCAAAGCUGAAACAGACGGAGCUCCGGCAUGGAAAGGCUAUGGAAGCUGCUGAAACGAAGUUUCGGAAAACCAUUGAUCGCGUGAAGAGGUGUGCCAUUGAAGAAGCCCGUCAGCAGAUUUUGGAGCAUCGCCGGAGAUGCAAGGCUUGCCAGCAGGAGCCUUUGCCCCUUGAGCUUCGCGCCGCCACCGCUACACCAAAACCGAAGCCCGCAGCAGCGAAGCCAAGAGAUCCUGAGCCUCAGCUGGAGCCGCGCAUCCGGGAGGUGGUGCCUUUGGAUCCGAAGCUCGUGGAGGUGACCCUGGAAAGCCUCAUGGUCGAGCGCAGUCGAAGCUGGAUUUGGGCGCAGGAUAUGCAGCGAACCGUCGACCAUGGCAUUGAGGGCAUCCUUGAGUUGCACGAGGCCAUGCUUCUACUGCUAGAGCAAGCUGCACGACACUCGCUGCUUCAAGGGCAGGAGGACCCGAGGGCAGAAUCGCGCAUCGCCGCCGUGAAGCAGCUGGUCGCUCGAGUUGGCCAGGUCAACGAAGAGCUGGGCAAGUUAAGAAGCGAUCGGGCCGAGUUCUGGUACACGUUGCAUGAAACAUCGGAAGAAGCGGUUCACUUUCUACGCCAGGCGAAUUCGCUUCCUGCUCCGGGUCCCGCAGUCGUGAAGCGACUGGACUUCGAGAUCGAGGAGCUUUGCGACGACCAGAAGAAGAUGGCAGAGGCGUUCAGUGAACUGGCGCUUCGCUUGAAAGCGGCAGGCGGAAGCCUGGAGAGCCUCCAGGAAGCUCGCAGUUCCCUGCCAACAGGGGCACAUGGCUCACAGGAAGCAGCAGCACUGGACGAAGCAGGUGCAGAUGCACAGAAGCUGCUUGAAAGCUCCCGAGAGGUGGUCACCGCUCUCCUGGCAGACGUCCGUGAUCUAUUCUACCUCGUGGAUGGAUCAAACCUUCGGCCUCGAUUGCGCCCGCACCCUGCACUGUCAGCACCAGCCCCAUCGGCACCACAGAUCGAAGCAGACGCAAGGCAGAUCAUCCACCCGAUGCUCGAGCCGCCGGACCUGCGGCAGACGUACGAGAUGCCUGCAUGGCUCCAGUCUCCAGGAUCUGCCAGCUUCGUGAGAGCGCUUCAGCUUGUCCAGAACGCCACCCCGGAGAAGCAGAAGAAGCUGGAGGAACAUCCCAGAUCGACCGGAGAGGCGAAGCUCUUGAUUUGGGAUUUGGAGCUGGCUAGAUCGGCUGGACACAGCUUGGCUGGCCAAGCCGGCCAAGGAAUUUGCUGCUACCUGAACUCCAUGGCACUCAACGUCUGGAGGAGCAGCCAGUCGAUGGCGGAAUUUCGAGACCUUGCCUGCCACGAGGAGCAGUCGCGCCUGUUGAAGCAGUCGCCCUCGUAUAUCUUCGGUCUGAAGAAGCCAGCUGCGAAGAUCGUGGGUCCUUCGCUGAAUGGUCCUGGCUACACUGGGCCAGAUCAUGCAUGGGACAGGCUCUCAAAGGACCUGGGCGUUAUCAGCCACCACCAAAACAAGCCAUCGUGGAGGUUUGGCAAAGAGCUUGCACGGUGCCCCUCAGGGGCAGACAGUCCGAGAACACGGCUGCCGUACAGAAAUGUAAAGUUCGAGGACACAAAGUAA